ACUUGGUGGAAUAAUAUUCUCGUUGGCUUAUUCUCAUCCGCUUCCUUGAUUUUAUAGAAAGGACCUUCAUUCCAGUUCCAUUUCGGUUUACACAAUGCCCACGCGGUUGAUAAGGUCCCUCAUUUGACUUUAGCGCCAUCAUGUGAUUACCUGUCACAUCUACGCGUCGAAUCGCCCUCCCGCAUUGCUGAGAAAACAGCAACACAAUUAGCAUUGCGCAGAUGGCUCGAUUAGCUUCCCAACAUCCGCGAGACGGAGGAACAUGAUACCCUGAAGUAUUCUCUCCUUGGACCGUCUUUAACAAAGUCGGGCCAGGACAAUGUAGACCAACAGAAAGCAAGAAGCUCGCUCUCUCGACACUCACCCAAGUUACUAAUUAUUCCAUAGGUGUCGGAAGUCAUCUACAACGCGUCGAAGGGCUCGAAAUACUUUAACAAUGAGGAGGCGAGGGACAAAAACCUCACCCAGAAGAUCGAGCGGAUCCUGGAAAAGAAGAAACAACUAGAAAAGCUUGAUUUGGCAUCCGAUCGAAGAAAGGCAGAUGACUACAUUGCUGAGCUCGAAUUGUCAAGAGACUUGUCGCAAGUUGUGGUACAUAUUGAUUGCGAUGCCUUUUACGCGGCUGUGGAGGAACUCGAUCGCCCUGAGCUGAAAGAUCUCCCAUUCUCUGUUGGAAAGGGAGUUCUUACAACAUGCAACUACCAUGCAAGGAAGUUUGGCUGCAGGAGUGGCAUGGCUGGAUUCGUGGCAAAGAAGCUCUGUCCGCAGCUCAUUCAAAUACCUUUGAACUUCGACAAAUAUACUGCCAAGGCGCAGGAGGUUCGGGAGAUCAUUGUCGACUAUGAUCCUCGAUUCGAAAGUGCCAGUAUUGACGAAGCAUAUUUGAAUAUCACGGAGUACUGCGAGAAGAAUGAUAUAAGCCCAGAAGAUGCGGUCGAGCAGCUGCGGAGAGAGGUCCAUGAGAAGACCAAGAUCACAGUAUCAGCAGGCAUUGCGGCGAACGCCAAGCUGGCAAAGAUCUGUUCGAACAUGAACAAGCCGAAUGGGCAAUUCCAGCUGCCAAUCGAUCGGAGUUCAAUAAUGGCUUUCAUGCGAGAUCUCCCUACUCGAAAAGUCAAUGGCAUUGGCCGAGUAUUCGAGCGGGAACUGGAUGCAAUCGGAGUGAAAACUUGUGGAGAUAUCUAUGCAUAUCGGCAAUACCUGUCAAAGCUUUUUGGUGAAAAGACAUUUGCAUUUUUGAUGCAAUGUUAUCUCGGACUAGGUCGGACCAGAAUCCAGCCAGCAGAAGAAUAUGAGAGGAAGAGUGUUGGCACAGAAAGUACGUUUGGAGAGAUGGGAAGUCCAGUUGACCUACGGAAUAAACUUCAAGCAACUGCUGAGGAGCUCGAGAAAGAUAUGGUGCGAACCCAGUUCAAAGGCCGGACUCUAUGUCUGAAGGUCAAGUUGCAUACUUUUGAGGUCUUCACGAGACAGACGAUUCUCCCAAAGGCAAUAUACCAGGCGGAGGAUCUCUAUAAGUACUCGGUUCCGAUGUUGUCAAAGCUGGAACAGGAGUUCCCUGGCAUGAAACUGCGACUCAUGGGUCUCAGAUGUACACAUUUGGUAAGUAUGAAAAAACCAGACACAAUGGCAUUUUUUGGCUUCAAGAAGCGGGCGAACGAGAGUGACCUUGGAGACAGUCAUGCAAAAAGAAAAUUUGACGCUGUGGAAGAGGAGGCCGAGCAAUGGGAGGCCUGGCCGGAUGAACUACUGUUCGAAGAUGCAGAACGGCAGGAACGCGAGGAUGAGUUACAGGAAUUGGAAACCCUGAGCCAGGAGAUAGAUAAGCGCAGACAUCACGGGAAGGAGAUCGUUCCGAAUCCAAAGAGAGAAGAUACCCCGGAAGAAGAGUGGUGGGAUUGUCCUAUCUGCAUGCGGCCACAAGCUGCCAGCGAGAAGGAAUUCAACGAGCACAUAGAUCUUUGUCUUUCGCGGCAAACGAUCCGAGAUGCUGUACAAGAGACUUCUGAGGGCCAUUCUAGGGAGACUACACCAGCUCCCAAGAAGAUCAAACUCAGUAAUGACAAGGGUAGAGGCGGUAAGCAAGGAGAUCCCAAACAACAGCGUCUGAAGUUCGGAUGAACAGACAUGGAUGGCGUUCAGGGACACAAAGGCACAAAUAAUGUGGAGCAUAGCGAUAGUAUGUGAG